AUGGAGGCCAGAAACAAGCAAGGGGAAUUGUACAAGAAAUCGACCGUCGUAUCGUACAGAUACGGUUUACAGCGCCACCUAGAAAUGCACAGAACAGUUGAUAAAGUGGACAUUACUAAAGAUGAUGAGUUUGCGACAGCAAACAAUGCAUUCGAAUCUGUUGGAAAGGAGUUGAAGCGCCAGGGAAAGGCAGCCAUUGAACACCAUCCAUCUAUAUCUGAUAAUGACUUACAGAAGGUGUAUGAUUACCUCAUGAGUCACGAUAGUGCUAUAUAUCUCCAGUAUAAGGUCUUCCUUGACAUCAUGCUCCAUUUUGGAAGGCGAGGACGAGAAAAUCUGGCAUGUCUCACACGAAAAGACUUUGCUGUCACCACAGACGAAGAAGGCCUGCGAUACGUAUAUAUGACAAGGGAUUUUGCGACCCAAAAUCACCAAGAUGAUAAUCAGAAAUUUUCAGAUGGAAGGAUCAUAUGUAACUGUAUUUACAACAUUUUAGACAGUGAAAGAUGUCCAGUGAAGUCCUUUGUCAAGUACCUAAGGCGCCUCAACCCACUCUGCACAGCCCUGUCAAGGCAAGUACCAAUCGGAGGCAGCUAAUUUGACAAUGUCAAAGUGGGACACAACAAACUCGGAACCUUCAUGAGUAUUAUCAGUAAGGAAGCAGGUUUGUCGAGAGUAUAUAGGAAUCACUCGUGCCGGGCAACUACAGUACAUGUUCUGGAUGAGGCUAACAUUCAUUCUCGGCAUAUUAUGACAAUAACAGGACACAGGAGUGAAACAUCUUUAAAAACAUACACUGGAAAAACCAGCAAUUCUCUACCAAAUAUAUGA